AUGAUCUUCUUCCAUAUCAUUGUGCCGUCAUGCCUGGACAAUAGGAAAACUGUAGUGUCUCACUCUGAAGAUGAAGGAACAGGUGAGGUCCUCAUCUUAGGUGGAGAUCCAGGACCACUAAGCAAUUCUUCCACAGCAGAUGAUAUUUAUAAGAAGAAAAAACGAUUCCCUUUCUGCUGUAGGGAAGAAAAGAAGUUAUCACCACACUUUGUAGAGGCGAGAUUUCUGUUGCAGGAACAGUCAAACCAUGACUCGUCUUGCGAGAACAACAGGGUUAGUAGGGGUCGGCAGAGGGUGCAGUUAAAGAGAAUAGAGAAUGAGGAUGCUCGUCAAGUGUGCUUCUCUAAGCGUCGUAAUGGUGUUUUCUCAAAAGCUAGUGAACUCUCUACUCUCUGUGGUGCUGAUGUUGCAGUCGUGGUCUUCUCACCUGCAGGUAGACCUUAUUCUUUUGGUAGUCCAGCUGUGGAUCCGGUCAUUGACCGGUUCAUGUCGACUGCUUCAGGUCAAGUCGGUUUGGAUCCUAGUGAUCCAGUUCCCUCCGACUUAAUUCCUGCUAGUUCAGGCCCCUCUGGCUCGACUCCUGGUUUCGGUCCUUCCAACUUGGCCAUCAGCAUGACUAGCUCAUUUCCUGAUGGUUCAGGUCCUUCUGGCUCGGCUCCUGGUUGUUUGGAUCCCUUGGGCUCGGAACCUGGUGGUUCAGGUCCCUCUGGUUCGACAACCAACCAGGAUGCCUAUCAGAGGGGAGUUAUUAACCGUUUGAACCAGGAGUACAUGGAGCUAGCAAGGCAACUUGAGGCUGGUAAGGCACAAAAGGCUGCGAUUGAUGAGAGGAUCAGGGUAGCGAUGGAGUCGAGCCAAGAGUGCCAAUGGCUCAAUAAAGUGGACCAACUCAAUAUAGACGAGCUGAGACGUCUCGCAGCGGCGCUUGGCCGGGUCAAGCUCAUGGCGGAAGCAAGAUCCAACGAGUUGGUCGGCGGUCAGGGAUCAUCAUCAUCAAAUGUUGUUCGAGUUGACAACUAUACAAGGCUGCCAACUGGUAGAACCACGACUAAUAAUCGUCGAGCAGGAGAGAGUUCUUCCUCUUCUAAUACCACUCUCAGGGUCCCACCGAUUCAAAUGGUAAAUCCAUUUGGAUCAAGUGGGUCUAACCCCCCAUCAACUAUCAUCAACCCAAACCCCGUGGAUCAAUUUUAUGCUAGCUCUAGUGGGUUCAACCGUAACACCUAUGGUGGAUUCAACCCUAACUUUGGCCCCUCGUUCGGGUUUGACCCUAACUUAGCUGGUGGCUUCAAUCCUAGCUCGGGUGGCUUCCAUCCUAACCCACCGGCUGGCUUCAAUCCUAGCUCGGGUGGCUUCCAUCCUAACCUACUGGGUGGCUUCAACCCUAGCUCGGGUGGCUUCAACCCUAACCCAACAGGUGGGUCCGAUCCUAAUUUAGUUGGCAGGUUCAGCUCUAACACGGGCGGUGGUUUCGGUCCUAGUUCCGCUGGCUUCAACCCAGAAUCGGAUGGUGGGUUCAACCCUAGCUCAAGCGGCUUCAACAGAAAUCCUAACACCUCCACAUGAAAAUGUUGGCAGGUUUAAAUUGCGGGCUCGAGUAUUCUACUAUCAUAAGACUCUCAGUCGGUAUUGUGUUUGCAAACCAAGUGAUCUUUCUCUGAUAGAUGCUUGGCUUUAUUUCUUUAGGCACCUAAGUUAUGCGUCAAGAAAGUUUGGUGUUUUUAUUAUCAUGGAUUGUCGAAAAUAAUGUGGUCGUUUUCCUCCUAGCUAAAAGAGUCCAGUCUAGUAUUCUGUCUUGUUAUUCUUGUGUGUGUUUUGCUUCCUUCUAUGUUGUUGUUGAAAAGAGUGUUUUAGUUUUACUUUUAAGAAAAAUGGUACCAGUUUAGCAUUGUUAUCUUUUUAAUCUUCUUCUGUGCAAGUUGUUCCUCUAUGUUGGGUCUCUCUCUAUAAUUGUUAUAAUGCUUCCUUUUGAGGGAAAGAAAUGACAUUGUAAUGAAUGGUUUACUAUUGAGAUGGAAUAUCUUGACGGGUGAAUUAUAUUAUAAUCUUGUGCUUACGU